AUGAAUAGAGAUUCCCGAGUGAUUAUUGUGGACUCUAGAUUGGCUAAAAAACAAUCCCGUAAGUAUUUUGUAUGCAUUAUAUGGGGUAUGGUAUACUAGUAAUGGGCACUAUCAAAUGGUACUAUUCGAAAUAUUCAAUAACCCGGCAACAAUCAAACUAUUUUAUUGUAUUUCAAAUAUUCAAUAUUACCAAAUAAUUUUGAAUUAUUUUAUUAUUCGAUAGUUUCGAAUUAUUCAAUUAUAAUAUAUUCUAUGAAGAAGUCCAAAGUACAAAUAUUUUGCUAGCUACCUACUUUUUUGCUGUUUCCGAAAUACUACCAAAAGCAGCUGGUGUUGUAUUUUGCAUGUAGUAAAAUGGAUACAGUCGAUUGCGUCCCAAAGUCAGGUGAACGAAAAAUAGAGUAUGUCUAUUGCGUCCGGCAAAAUUUUGUUUGAGUUCUUUUUAACACUUUUUACCAUUCUCGAAUUUCGAUUGCGUCCGGUUAUAACAGGUGUGCAUUCGAUUGUGUCCUAAAUGUAAAAUCGAGAAUUUCGAUACCAGACAGAACGCGAUUGUAGGUACACGAACAUUUAACUCUAAAUAAGUGCGAACCGCACCGAUUAUUAUCGCUUUACACUUCGUAAUAUCAAAUUGAUUUUUAUGUGUAGAGAAAAAAAAAUAUAUAUAAUAUUAUUAUUUAUUAGUCAUUAGCCAUACAAUAACUAAGCAUUACAAAAAUGUUUAUUAUUAAAAUAGUCAUUUUUUUUAACUGUACAUACUACAGAAUUGCACAAUUUACAAAUAUAGUCAAGAUCUUAUUUGUUAUUAUAAUUUAUUAUUUAAAUUAAUAGCUUUUAAACUUUUAAUAUAAUCUAAAUGAGGCAUAAUUGUUUUAUUAAAAUUUUAAAAUUGAUUUGUUAAAAUUAAAAAUAUUAUAGAUACCACAUGCAGUAUAGUAUUAAUCCUUGUAUUAUAAAAUAACAGUAAAUAAUACGACCGAAUACAAUCGGAAUAGAAAAUUUCGGAUGUAUUCUCGAUCAUUUGGAACUCAAAUGGAUUCUACUGGACGCAAUUUAAAUUCUCAAUUUUACAAUUGGAACGCAAUCGGAUGCAUACCUGUUAAAGCCAGACACAAUCGAAACUAGAAAAAAAUUUAAAAGGUUAAAACUAGACGCAAUCGGACGACGCCCGUAGUAAAAUUACUAAUAUAUAGGUGAUUUCUCAGAAACCCGUGCAAUGAAUACAACCUUUGACCAUCGGUAGGUUUACCUAUUUAAAUGGUUAUUCGGUUAUUCGGUAUAUUCGAAUAGUUUUCCUCGAACAAAACUAUACGAUCGCAGGAAAAAUAUUCUAUAGUUCAUUGAAACUAUUAAAAACUAUCGAUCGUAUAAACUAUUCGAUAGUGUCCAUCAUUAUGGUAUACUAUGGUUGAAGUACCGACAGGUCAAAACAUCGACCAACAUGUGUUGAAUAACAUAUAUUUUAAUAACAUAACAUUAUACCUACUAUGAACAAAUCUGUUCAUAUAACAUACCUAUAUGAUAUAUCUAUAUCUAUAUUAAUGUUGUCCAUGAAUUUAAUGACUUGUACGUAUGAAAAAAAACUAAUAAAAUGUAAUAGUAUACAUUUUUAACGUAAUCUUAAAAUUUUUUUAAUUACAACUUACAACACAGCAUCAGCACGAUAACAAGAACUGCAUUCAAAUUAUAAACUGUUACAGUGCUCAAAGAUAGUUUUAUAGACCAGAUUUUUUUUUUAUUGGCUGUAGAAAUUGUAUCCUAAUUGCUACGUUAUUAACUAAUAGGCGUGUUUUGGUGAUCCGGAUUGUUAAAUGAUUGCAGGGACAAAACCGAGGGGGGGAGGGGGUAAAGGUUAUAAUCCCCUACCCAGAAAUUUCAGAUUUUUUUAACGAAUCUUACGUAAUAGUUUGUAAUUCCUAGAUAGCAGUAAUCCCUAAAUCUAGAAUUAAGUACCAGAUUUUUAUUACCUACGCGCUUUUAAAUUAAAAAUCUAGCACGCAUUGAAGAAGUUAUAAUUUGUAUUGACAUUUUGUAUUGUUAAUAAAAAAUCUCCAAAUUGUUUACAUCGUACAAUUACAAGUAUGGCAAUUUUUCGUCUUACUGUAAUUUGUUUAAAAUGUUUUUCUAGAUUUUCAAUACAUUUUCUGAAGAAUAUUAAACAAUUGACAACAAAUAAUCUGGUUUUCUUUUGUUGAUUUUUAGAUUAUCUUGACCGCUGAAGAAAAAACCAUUAAUAUCUUAUCAGAUUACUGAGCUCAAUUAGUAAUCAUUUUUUUGAUUUUAAUGAUCUAUCGUUGUUCUUACACUAAAUUACUAUACUUCCUAUACUUCUAAACUUCCCACUGGCCUAGUCAUAGCGUAAAGUUUGUUAUGCGUAUUUUUCUAUUAUUAUUUAACUAAUAAAAGUAUAUUUAUGUAUUUUAUAUCAUAAAUGUUCUAAUAUUUUAUGAAUUGAGAUCAUUUAAUUUAUUUUUUCGGAAAACAUAAACCAUUUUCAAUAGUUCACCUUCUAUAGAUUUUUUCUAUUGUUUUAUUUUUGUUUAUUUCUGAAUUGCCUUGGCAUUAGGGGAAAAAACGUUAUUAUUAUACUACAUCACUGAUCCGUUGAGAAUCCUUGUUCGUUUGUUAUGAAUUAAUGCUGCUUUGAGUAUGUAGACUAAAUUGGGCUAGUAUCCUAUACCUUUCCAACUACCCACCUUUAACAGUAGCUUAUCUGUGAAAUGUUAUAACUUUUUAAGAUGUAUAACCCCCCCCCCCCCCCCUUCACCAGAGAGUAAGCACCAGUUGCAUGACUUAACAAUAUUGCAGUAAACAGUAUCACCAAAACAGUUUGUUUGCUAAACAAGCAACCAAGUUGCUCAAAACUUCAUCGCCAAAACUCGUCUAAUUUUGGCUAUCUAUCCACCUUAUAAUAACAGUGCAAUAUCAUGUUAUAAAAUAUAUUGGUAUGUAUCUAAUUUUAUAAUUUUCCGCCGAGUAUCGACAUUUUAACCUGUCAAUAUUUUAUAUACUUUUUUCCGUUUCAAUCGUGUUUUACCUGUCGACAUUUCAAUAAACGACGUUUCAACUGGCAAUUUAUAUAGAAUGAAUGUAUGAAUAUAUUAUUUUAACUUGAUUUUUAAUACGUUUAAUUAAGGGUCGAUGAAAUGUUCGAGCGUAUUAAAUUGGAUGGUUCUAUUUGGAUUUAUGGUCAAUUAUAUGUUACGAGUAAAUAUGAGUAUUGUUAUUGUUGAAAUGGAGUCUAACAAUAAUCAUCACAAUGUUACGACAUUUUCAUCAAAUAGUACAGCAGUAAGUGUAUGGUUAUUCUUAUUAAAUUUAAUACAUCAGGACAGUCAGAACCUUAUACAAUACAAGAUAAUAUGGUGUACAUAAAAGAGUGGUAUUUAGUUAUAUAAGUGAUUUUUUUUUUUUCAGUUUUUACACCUCUAAGUGGUUCCAAUAUGUAUAUAAAUAUGAAAAAUAAAUUGUAAACAAUUGUAUGCCGAUUGGUUAAGUUCAACCCGUGCCUCCCCAGUCUUAAAUUUUUGGAACCCGUUUUUCUUCAAAAACCCGGUGUUUUUUUUAGUUUUUGAUAUAUAUAUCUGAUAUCGUUACAAAAAUUGUUUAUAAAAAUAUAUAUUUAAAAUUAUUUAUAAAACAAAAAAUUUAUAUAAUAAUUUUUAUUUUUUUUUUUUUUUUUUUUUUGAAAUAUUUGGUUAUGAAAUAUAUAAAUUCAUAAAUAACAUCAUUAAAACAAUAUUUAUUUCAAAUAAACUAACAUAAUAUAAUAGGUAUAUUAUGUGCUUAUAAGAUUUAGGAAUAUUUUUGGAAAUACACCUUCUUUCUUUAUUAUUCAUAUUACUCUAAUAUAAUCCCAUUUUAAUGGCAUAUAACCGAUAAAGGUCAAAAUCUAUGUGGUGAAAUGAUUUUUGUUUCUGCGAAAUUAGAUUAGCUGGUUUAAUUUGUGUCGUGUUAUUGAAAGAAGUCUGUAUGAUAAUAUGUGGAUUUAGAAAUUUCCGUGGAAAUCUGUGUUUCUUUACCGUUAAAUAUUAUUUUUUUUAAUAUAAUACGUGUUAAUUGUAUUCGUGGUCAGCAUUCUGGUUUAUUAUGUGUCAUACUAAAUAAAUAUUUUGUAGUUUUCUCUCUUGUAUUCCAUAACGAUUUACAGUAUUGUAAAGAGUACCUAUUUUUGAAUUCGAAAAACGUAUUAAAUGUGUGAAAAAGUAUUCAGUAUAAAUUUUCAAAUAUUUUAAAAUAUAUACUUUUUGAUUAUUUUUGUUUUUCUGUUUCUGUUACUGGUAUUUUUUUUUAGUAUAUUUUUGUUAUUUCUAAUUAAUUUAGUGACUUUAUUUCUGAAGUUAUUAUAAUAUUUUUAGAUGGUUUUUAGAUGAUUUUUAUAUGGUUUUACAAAGAUGUUUUUUUUUCUGUGCGCAACUUUUCUACCAGAAGACUUGCUCAAAUUUCUACAUGGUAGUACCUUUUCUGAAAGUGUAGGGAGCUACUUUAAGAAUGUCAUUUUUCGAUUUUCUCAGAAGUUUGAAAUGUGAAAAACCGGGAAAAAAUCAUGGAAAAAAAGGAAAACGUAGGAAAACCGGGAAAAUCUGUAAAACAUUAAUACAAUAUUAUUAAAGAAAAUAUAUAAAGCCUAUUUAAUUAUUUAACUAUAAUAUGGCAUUUAUAUUGUUGACAAAGUAUCAUCCAUCUAUAACUGCAUCCGUUUCCAUUAUUCUAGGACAUCUUUUUUAACUUGUUAUUAGUGGUGUAUGUUUUUUAUUUAACGUUUACUUACUUUGUUUUUUUUAGUUCUGUUAUAGGUGAUUUGAUUUUCUUCGAUUUUAAGAAAAUCAUAAUAUCAGCAGGGAUCAAUUUUUUUUUUUAACAAAAAAAGUUAUUUAGUGUAUUAAUAAAAUAUAUUGUAGAGUUAACGACAUCAGUUUAUUCUAAUAUAAAAUUGGAUAUUAGGUUUAUUAUUUCUAUCACUUAUUAAAUUUUCAAUACUAAUAAAUAUUGGAUUAUUAUCAGACAUUUCAAUUAGACUAACUAUUGACUUUUUGAAUUUUACUUUUCAUAAAUAUAUGAUCGUGGCAAGAGUUAAACGCGAGCCUAGUGAUAUUAUCAAUAAUUUUAAUAUAUCCAAAUUCUGGCAGGAAAUCGAUGUAUUUAUUAUUAUUUAAUGUAGUAUGUACGUAGUAUGUUUAUACUUAUAUCACCAUUGAAUAAAAAAAUAUUAAUAAUAACGUUUUAUUAAUCUGUAUACUUAUAUAAAAAUAUUAUAAAUAUUAAUUUCAUGUUAUGUUAUUUAAUAUGAAUUCUUAUAUGUCUCAAUUAAAUAUUUUUGAAAAUAUUAUAUAAAUCAAACAAUUAGCAGAACUAUGUUUAUAGUUUAUAGUCAAUUAUAUUUAAAUUAAAUAAUUUUCAAUACAUAUUUUUAUAUAAGAUAAUUUUAACGAGAUAUUAAUUCAAAAUUAUGAAAAAUACUUUCAAAAAUUAAAGUAGAAUAGAAAAAUAGAAAACUAUAUUGUUUGAACAAAAACGUGUUUUAGAAUUUUAAGGGUUAGAGGCAUGAGUUAAGCUUAACAAAUUGGUAUAUAACUUGGUACACUUAAUUUGUAUACAUAUUGGAAUCGAAUUAGAGGAUAAGACUUAAAAAAAAAAAUCAAAUUUAAAAAAAUAGGGCCACCCUAAUAUGUAUAGAUGAAUAGAUGAAUACCUAGGUACUUAUUUAAAUUAAAAUCGUCAACAAUAAAAACUCAAACUUAGAAAUGGAAUAUCUCGUCAACAGAUUGACUGCUUGUUUCUUAAAUCUUCUAGAAAACAAAUUCCGAAAAAAGUUAAUAUUUUCCGAGAUAAUAAGUGUACCGUACCCACUAAACUCGGUAUUUUGACAAAGCAUCACUAUCAACUGAACUCCAUUAAUAAAUUUUUGCAUGUAAUGGUUUAUCAUUGCUUACAGGUAUACAUUAAAUUACUCUAACUGUGGCUGCACCAGUCCCCAUUAUCCUAGGACGUCUUUUUCUAUUUUAUUCUAAUGAACAAUUUACUAGGGCCUAUUGAGGGUCAGUUGACUAAUGAAGUGAAAGACACUUUUAUUAAUCCAUCACUGAAUUAAAAAUAUUGCUACCCCAUGAUUUUACUUCAAAUGUCACCUAUGUAUUUAGUUUUAUAUCCAUUUUCUAUGUUUUCAAUAAAUUAUUAAUAUGAUAUGUAAGUAUGCAUGUUUAAAAUAUUCUUAAAAAAUAACCCGGCCAAUAAAUAAAGUCUUCAUGAUUAAAUAACUUAUACAAUAAAAGUCUAUUAGAUCAGUGAAGUUAUGGCAUUUGAAUAUGUUUAAGUGGGUGAGUAUUAUUCAUUGCUAAGUAAGGUAUAAAUGUUUUGUUCAACUGUUAAUUUAAUACAGUUUAUUUUAUUGCAAUAAAGGUAUUUUCAAUACAUUUAGUGUGUUUUUUAAUGCAAUAACCUAUCUAGGACCACUGUUCUAGAUAUGUCAUAUUCAUAAAAUAUUGUAAUACCUAUAAUCAAUAUAUGUAAAUAAAAUAUCAAUAUACUUAAUAUAAAAUCAUAUAAAUAUAAAAUUUCUUUCAGAUCACUGCGAAAUCUAGCGGUAUGGAGUUAGACUGGUCCGAAUUUGACAAAAAUUUGAUAUUGGGUAGCUUCUAUUGGGGCUAUAUAAUCACAGAAUUGCCAGGGGGUUUGAUGGCUGAAAAGGUUGGAACCCGACCAAUUUUUGGUUACUCUAUGCUGUUGGCCUCAAUAGUUACACUGUUUACACCUAUGGCAAUGGACUUGGGUUUAUAUCCUCUAUUAUUUUGUAGAGCACUCUUGGGUUUAGCUUUAGUGAGUAUUGUGUUUAAUUUAAAAUCGUCUACCUAAAAAUUACAGGAUUAAUUUUUUUUUUUAGAAAGAAAAUCCAGUUUAAAACCAUAUAAAUGUAUAAUAAACUCAUCUAUAUCCUUAACUAUCUCAUCAUUUUUUCGUUUCAAUCAAUGUGACAAUAUACUUAUCAUCACAAUUUUUUCUUUUUUCUUUUUCAUUAUCUUUAUCCAUUAUACUUUGUCUAUAUUAUGAACAAUUAAUUAUUUCAAGGGAAAAGAUAAUAAAAAUUUAAAUUAUUUGUUAAUGAAUAAAAGACGUUUUUUUUUCUGUCUAUUAACAAUAUUUCUACCAGAAAUCUUAUUCCAGUUCACAAUUAAACUUACUUUUAAUGAAACAAUUUUAGUGAUACAGCUCUGUGGUUUAUUUACCAAAUAACCCCAAAAGCAGAUAUUAUCACUUUGGUUUUUUUGUUCCUUAUAUACUGUAAGAUAAGUAGUAAAAUUACGAUAAAUUCUUCCAGUCAAUGUGUAUUUUAAAUCAUAAAUAAUAAUAAGUAUGAUACUAAAUAAAAUUAAGUUUUUGUAAUAAAUUUUGGUUCUUGUAUUUUAGGGAGUAACAUACCCAGCUAUACAACCAAUUGCAGUAAAUUGGAUCCCACCAAAUGAACGUGGCAAGUUUAUAGCAAAUAUGAUGGGUAAAUACUCAUUAACAACUCAUAUUAUUUUUUAAAUGAAGUUUACAAAUUUGCUUAAAAAAUAAAAUAAAAAUAAAAAUUGUAAUAAUACUUUAAAAUAAUAAAAACUAUGAUAGAAUAAAUAUUCAUAGAACAAUAUUAUUCCGGAUGAUUAAGUUAAAAAAAGUUUUAAAUUAUUAGUGAACAGAUCUCAAUAAAUUGAUAUAACUGGGAUGAUCCAGGCAAAAUUUUCUUUGUUGAAGUUAUCCACUUACUGUUAUAAGUAUACUUAAGUUUUACCACUCCUAUUUAUUGUAGACAAAUACAAAUGUGCAUUGUACAUGGGUUAAGUUCAGUUAAGUUGGGUAUAAAUAAUAUUCAUCAUAAACUCAAAAAAACGUUUAGUUUUCUGUGAGUUUGCUUUUACCUUAAUUUAAAUAAAUAUAACAAUUUGAAUUUGUAAUUUUUCAGCAACUAAUCUUGGUGCAGGUUUUACUAUACUGGCGUGUGGUUUUAUUAUACCUAUAUUGCAAUGGAAAUCUGUGUUCUACAUCAGUGGCCUGGUAGGUGUAGUAUGGUCUGUGUUUUGGUUUUGUUUAAUUUUUGAGACUCCUGCUCAACAUCCAAGAAUAACUGAAUCUGAAAGAGAUUACAUCGAAUCUCAAAUCGCUGAGCAAAGCAGUUCUCCUAUUAAGGUACCUAUAAAAUAUUUAGCCACACAAUAUUAUAUCUUACAAAAUGUAUGAGUGUCACUUUAUUUAUUUUCUCUGAAACUUUAUACGAUUAUGUAAUAUUAUGAUUGGUAGUAUAGCGGUAAACACGGUAUAGUAAAUUGUAUAUAUUUAUAGUAUAGCGUAAUUUGUUAUUAUAUCCAGACACUUAAAGAAGUUUAAUUAUUCUAGUUGUACGGAAAGGCAAUAUGUAGGAAAAGACUAGUUUUGGGCGGCAUGUUUUUAGUAAAUAAAUCUAUAAUUAUUAUAAUUAUUAUUACCAUUAGUUUUUAAUAAUGGUACUCUUUUAACCUGUACUUUUAUUAAGUUUUCAGAUUGAAACUAUUUAUCUGAUAUUUUUCAUUUCCACAAUAGAUGAUACAGCCGAAAUUUCGGAAAUUUAUUAUUUUCAAAAAUUUUAUUUUUUUCAAAAAUUGCACACCAUUUUGAUCUUUGUAGCAUAUCUACAAUAUGUUUUAAUAUUGAGUAUUAGUCAUUUAAACACUAUACGAAAUCUUUUAAACUCAAACCAUAAUUAGGGUAGGUACUCAUCUUACAAUAUUGGUAAUUUUACAUUCUGAACAAAUUGUCUGUUAUUUUUAUCUGAUUAUCUGUAGAUAUACGUGACUACAUCGAUAUGAUUGAAAAUCGUGUUAAACAAUUGAAAAUUAAUUAAAAAUAAUAUCAUGUUCUUGGACUAAUUUCAAAUAACCCAAUUCUUUGGUAACCAACUUUAUUCAAUCUGUUUUGAAAAAUUGUUUAUAAUAUACAAAAAUUUUUAACAUUAACUAUAAUAAUUAGGCCCAGUAAUAAUAUGAUAUAAUGAUGAUCAAUAAUCAUACCAAUAUACAGGCUGUUCUACGAAGUUAUAAAUAUUUUUGGUCCUUUUUCCCGUGAGUAAUAUAUAAAAAAAAAAAAAAAAAAAAACAGAAGUUUUAUUAUCUUUAUUAUCUCUGGAAACAUUCAUGGUGUAAAUCGUAGUGGGACAGCCUGUAUGUAUAUUAGUUAAAAUAAAAAAAAAACAAUCUUGCCAUACAUUUGUAAACAUCUACCUACAUUAUUGUUGAUUUCUUUAUUUGUUAAUUCAACUUAAGAACAAAACACAAUGCAAGUACAAAUUUUCUUCGUUUACCUAGAUGGGUUUUAUUAAAAAAAAAGUCUGUGCAUUUACAAAAUGUUUUGACAUUAUUAUUAGCACUAUAAAUAAUAUCAUAACAUUUAGUAAGUUAUUUUGAUGGAUUCCGUUUAUCUAUACUCUCUAACUGGUAUUUAUUGAAUUGUUAUAAUUUUCGUUUUACACUAUUUAUUCUUGUUACCUACACAUCAAAUUUUGUCAAAUAAAUUGCUACUAUAAUUACUUUGAAUUAAAUUGGCAAUUAUUCGACGAUAUUUUGACAGGCUGAUCGGCCAAAAUAGAGGAGUGCUGGCCGAAAAUGUUCGAAAAUAAAAUUGUUUAAUAUCAUAUUUAAUAAAAUCAAUUAUGAUGGAUGGAUAGGGAACUAUAUGUUCAUGUAUUAUAUUUAUUGUUCUGUUUACAGCCAAAGCAGAUACCGUGGGCAAAAAUAUUUACGUCGUUGCCGGUUUGGGCCAUUAUAAUUACACACGUAACCAGUGUCUUUGGUUACUUUACUAUUAGUUUACAGUUGCCUAUGUAUAUGAAAUAUGUACUUCAUUACGAAAUCAAAGCGGUAUUUAUAUAGAUAUUUUAGUAAUCUAGAAAUUCGUUUGGUCAUAUUACACGCCAGGUAUAUACAUAAAAUAAUCUAGGUAUACCUAUUAUACCUGUAAUGGUUGAUGUUAUUAAAUCGGUUAAUAUAUUUAUAUGUACUUUUUAUAUUUUAACCGAUCGUGUGUUUUUAGUCUUAUCAGAGUUUUUUAGAGUAGUUAAUUAAAAUAUUAGAGUGUAUUGUCUUAUUAUCAAACUUAAAUAUAUAAGAACAUUUGUAGUGUUUGUAGGUUGGAUUUUUUCGACAUUUUAAUUGUUCAGCUAGAUUUGAUAAUUUUUAAAUUGUGACAUUUCACAUAUUCGUAACUAAAUAGAAAAUAAAAUAUCGAACAAAAAUUACCAAAGAUAAAUAGACAAUGUUCUUAUCUUUAAGUUUGAUGAUCGGCUAGUAUACUCUAAUAUUAAAACUAACAGCAAAAAAUCAGUUUUUAUAUAAAAACAAGUAUUUAUAUAUAUAUAUAUACAUCACGAUAUAAAUUGAUUUCACAACAUCACUAUGACAUACUCAUUUCUGCUUCUAUCAGUUUUUAAAAGUUUAAUAUGACCUUACAUUGGGUAUUUUAUAUUUUUGCAUGUAAUUUAUGUUGGUAUAGUAUGGGUACAUUUAUUUUAAAAAACACCGGUUUAUUAUAAAGACAUUCGUUUAAGAUACCAGUAUAAAAUGUAAGUGCUAUACUGAUAUUAAUCUUUUGACCUACCUUCCUGUAAAAUAUCAUAAAACUCUGUAGAAAAAUGGUAGCAUUAGAAGGAUGUGAUAAACGGAUGGUCUGAAAUGAAAAAAUUAUAUGGGCUCUUUUAUCUCCAUUUUAGCUACGAAACACUGACAUUGAUGUUUUGUAACAAAACGUUAAGCAGUUUCUUAAUAGAAACUAAUUCAGUAUACCGCUAUUAUUAUGUACAAAUAAUUUGUGUAUACCGGUAUAAGAGCGAAAGAAUUUCUAGAAUAGUACAAUUGAUUUAUUCCUUUUUGACAUGUUACUUUAUGAAAUAAUAAAUUAUAUAUUAUAUCAAAUAUUAUUGAUAAAAUGUUUUUAGAACGGAUUGCUGUCCAGUCUACCGUAUUUUGGUAAAUUUUUCAUGGCGUUCUUUGUUGGAAUAAUUGCCGAUCGCAUUAUCACUUAUAGAAAAAUGAGCAAAACUACAACAAGAAAAUUAUUCACUUCAAUUGGUAAAUUGAUUCUAUAUAAAAUAAUAUCACGAUUAAAUUUUUGAAUGGUUAUCAUUUGAUCGAAAUAAUCCGAAUUACAUAUUGUUUGGGAGAAUUUUACCUACUUAGCAUUUAGACAAAAUCUAUGUUAGUACCAAUAUGUUUAAGUUUAAUAUAUCAUUUAUGCGAGCGAAACAUAUUAAAAUAAAUGAUGAGUAGGGCCUAAAUUAAUUUUUUUUAUAUCAUUUUAAAUUCUCCAAAUAUAUGUUACUUUGAUUUUAUCUAUGAGAAAUGAACGUUAGUUCAAUCGAGUCAAUUGUCAUAAUUUAUUAAUGUAGCAAAUUUAUUCAUGUUGAUAAGCUUGAAAUGUAUAUAGGCUGUCCCACGAAGAUAAAACCCCUUAAAUAUCUCCGGAGAUAAUAAAGAUAAUCAAAUUCUUUUGUUUUAUAUUGCUCACAGGGAUGAGGACUCCAAUUAUUUAAUACUUAUAUGUAUAUUUGUCCGGUGAUAUUCGAGGAGUUAAAAUAUUUACAGGUGGUAUUCUAAAAUGUCAAAUAAUUCUUCCAGUUAAACAAAACCGUGCAAAUAUAUGCAAUUAAAAGUUACAUAUUUCAAAAAAAUAAAAAAAAAAACUCUAAUGCCUGAUAAUAUUAUGCUAAUAAGAAGUAUAAGCGUAUAUAAUUAUAGAAAAUAAGAAAAAUUAAUUAUGAAACUAGUUGUUUUAAUUACAUGAUUUUUUUAUUAAAUAUAUAACUUAUUUAAAUUUUAAACACUGUAAAAUAUUCUUUACCUUAUCGGCUUUUAGAUGAUACUAGAAGCGUUGAAAAAUUAAAAAAAGAACAUUAGAAAUUCAAUUACACGAUAGUGUGAUGUGCAUCGUAUAAACAGAGAAUUUAAAAUAAAUCUAUAUUAAUUAUACAUUCAAUUGUCUUUUGAUGAGCUUUUAAAACAGAAAAAUCGUCAAAUACCUCAACAAUAUUAUGCAUAGAAUGUACUCAAACAUAAUCUACUAUAAAAUCUACGUAAAUUUGUAUUUUUUUUUUCAUUUUCAUCUAUUUUUAUUAAUAUCUGGCCCACUAUGUUACACCGGGUUACUACGCAGAUUCUCCGCGUCCGUUAUAGACGGGUUAAAAUACCUAUCUUUUUUCGGGAAUUUUUUUAUUUUGUCCUUGAGGACAAAUUUCAUAUUUAUAUUUAUUACCUAGUUUAUUUCUAUAAAUAUUAUAGGAACUCUACAAAAGAGGAUUUUAUAACAUUUCAUUAAACUGCAUUUUUUUUAUGACUUUGAUGUUCCAUAACCAUUUCUUUUAGAUUCUGAGUGGAGCCAAGAAGCCUAUAUUAUUACAAAGAUUUUUUUUUUUGUGGACAACUUUUUUACCAGCAAUUUUGCUCUGAUUUAAAAUUAAAUCAAUUUUUAAAUUGAAGUUCAAUGCGAGCUAUUGAAUGAUGUUUUUAGUAAAUUAAUAACCAAAUAUUAUAUUAAGAAUAAGUUUUUUUCUAUUCCCAUAAAGUAAUUUUCGUCAGUAAAAACGGCUACAUGCCUCUCCCUAAAUGAAUAUUAGGUAGAUCAGUGGACAAAUUAUAUCUUUAAGGUGGUUAUUGAAAUUUUAAAAAUCAUUUUUACAUUUUAAAAAAUUGGUGUAAAUUUGAAAAACCGACACAAGCCUUUCUUAAGUUUUUUUGUUUAUACCGUUCUAAAAACUUUCUUAUUUAUAUUAGUAUAUAUUAUUAUUAUACAUAUUUACAGGAGUAUUUUCACCGGGUAUUUUGAUGAUCGCACAAGUGUAUUAUGGAGAGAACCAGUUAUGGUCAGUGCUUAUAUUCGUUUUUGCGUUAACUUUGAACGGUGCAGUCAGUGGAGGUUAUUUGGGAAGUGCUUUAGACAUAGCUCCGAAUUUCUCGGGUAUUGUAAUUAUUAUCAUUUAUAAUUUUAUCUUUCGAUAUUAUUUUACUAAAUAAAUUUGAAUUAUAUGAUACAUUUCAGGUAUAAUAUUUGGAAUUGCAAAUACUCUACCCUCGUUCGGAGGAUUCCUAUCUACGUACAUUGUGGGAGAACUUACAAACAACAAUGUUAGUAUAUAUUAUUAGAGCUUUCUAUUUCACAUAUACACGUUUUCACGUAUUUGCGUUAAGUUAACAUUUAAAUAUAUAAAACUCCGUACUUGAAAAAUCCGUGUACACGUAUUCACGUACUGUAUACUUAUAAUAUCAUGCCUAGUUUACACAAUGCGUAGUACUUGUCAUUAGUACUAGUUACUCGCACUACGGGUAUUUGUCGUUAGUAAAUUGAACGGAUAUAUAUUCACUCGCACUUUCAGUUUUAUUAAUGCUUAGAAAUAUUUGUAUUGUUUAUGCCUAGUUUACAUUCUUAGAUACUUAGUUAGAUACUUAGAUACUUACCUAGACACUUAGUACUAAUUAUUAAGUAUUAUUAAUAUGAAUAAUAACUCAAAUGUAUAAAUUAAUAUUUAUUGAUAACGGUAAAAGUCGGAAAGAAGUUGUACAUAAAUAUUGUCUACGAGACAAACAACGAUGCACAGUCCCCAUCAAUCGUAAUAUGAUAUGCUAUAAUAAUGUAAUAUUUGUAAAUAUUUGCAAUUCGCUUCCAUACCUAGCGUGUAAACAAUAUAAAUAGUACUAAGCAUUAGAUAAACUGGGAGUGCAAGUGAAUAGAAAUCCGUUCUUUUUAAGUAGUUACCCGUAGUGCAAGUGACUAAAACUAAUGACAAGUACUAUGCAACAUGUAAACUAGGCAUUAUAUGCAAGGUGAGAGUGUGAGUGACAAGAAUUAAUGAUUAGUACUAAGCAUCGCGUAAACUAGGCAUUAUGAAUCAGUGGUGUAUAGGUUUUUAUUUCGGAGGGGCCAAUAAUUUAUAUCACUUUUUUGGGGGGAGGGGACACAUUAUUUGGACAAAAAUUGCUUGAAUGUUAUAACUCCUUUCAACUGUUUUUUCGCCAUCAGAGAAAUGAAAAACUAUUAUUUUUUUAAUGAACUGUAAUAUAAAAAAUAUAAAACUCUACAUUGCAAUAAAAAAAAUUUAUUAGAGUCACUUAAAUUAAAAUUGAACAUAUUAUAUUUUCAUACAAGAAAAAACAUACUUUAUGUGUGUUUGUAAUUUGUGUUCGUUUUACGUAUAGUAUACAAUUCACGUAUAUUAUGUACCGGAAGGGCGUAAGGCAGGAGCCCUGCGGUAUGCCGGCUGUGAUUAGUCUUUUUCGAUAGCCCUCUGACCGACCUAUCGAAAAGGUACGGUUCGAGGGAAAUGAAUAAGUUUUUUGUAUUAGAUUUGUUGGAAUUAUUAGUUUUUCCAUUUUGUACAGAAGGUCGUCGUGCAAGACACGACCGAACACCCUUUCGAGUUUCCAUGGAAACUGCUGCGUGUACAGAAUUUUGUUACUGUUCCCCUAUUCAGGCAGUCGACGAGGAUGACCAGUUGUAGCGUUGUUGAGUGGCUGUGGCGAAAGUCGUGUUGUUCUGACCUGAUUAGGUACAAUGCUAAUUUUUGGAGUUCAAAUAAUAUUAUUCUAUAGAUUACUUUCGAUCCUUAGUGAUCCUCUAUCGGCGAUUCACCCAUAUCUAUACGUCUGCCCAGACAGAGGAUCAUUCACCAUUGGUUGAAACUUUUCUGUUGAAAAUAAAUCACACAUCGAUCAUCUGGGAGUGACUGUGUUUUUACCUCGUUAUUUCAAAUGAAUCAUACUCAUCUAAAAUCGCCUAUUUACUAUGACAUCGCUAUAACUGAUAUGUGCAUUUACUUUAUCAGAUUACUUAUUUAUGUGUUUGCUCUAAAAUGGGGUCUUUUAAGAUAUGCAUGCGUUCCGUAACAUAACAAUUUUUAUUAAAUUUUCUUAAAAAAUAACAGAUUUUUAUAGAAACAUUUAUUGCUUAUUUCACUCUUUUAAGAGUGAGGAUAUUUUCAAAAAUUAUAAUUAUGCUAAAUACCAAUUUUUAUGAAUUUAUCAUAAAAAAUGGUAGAUUAUUAUACAAACAUUCAUGUCGUAUUUUAUCUUUUAAUGAUAGACAUUUUCUAAAAUCUUUUUUAAUGAAUGUCCUCAGUAUAAAAAGUAUGAAAGGUGCCUACUAUAAAAGUUUUUUACUGUUAACGUUUUUACCCUAGUUGAUAGAUCAAUGAGUGAGCCAAUUUUAUUCAGUUUUUCGUUUUAUACCUACAGAUUAAAUGAAAAACGAUUUCUUAAAUAAUAAACUUGUAUUAAAAUUAUUAUUAAUCUUGACGAAUAUAACUGAAAUAUAGUUUCAAUAAAUCCUAAAAUGUUAAAAUAAAUAAACAUUGUUAUUAUUAUUAAACACUCAAUUUUAAUUUUUACUUUUAAUAAUUAUUUUGUAUAAAACUAUUAAUUAAACAUAAUUGCAUGAUACCUAUAAUACAUUUUAUUUCAAAUUUUAAUUUGUUUUCUUAAAAAUGUUGUUAAAUUACGUUCAACACUUUACCAGGCAAACUGUAUACACUUCUCAUUUAUAAUAAUAUAUGUAUUCUUACAGCAAACAUUUGGACAAUGGAAAAUUGUGUUUUGGAUUUUGGCCAUAACAUAUACAAUUAGUGGUUUCGUAUUUUUAAUUUAUGGCACAGCACAAACAUUAUCGUGGAAUUCAAUUCCUGUCAAUGAGGAAACGAAGGAUGUUCAACUUCCAAAAAUAAUGGUAUAUUAA